AUGGCACACAGCAAACGAAACACGUCGCGCAGCGUCUUUACGUCUUACGAGCGUGAUAUGGCCAAGGCUGCAUGGGCGUCUACCUCAGCCCGUUUGUCCCGGGACUCUUUUCUUCCCUUUGGUUCUUGCUACCUUUGCCUCGAGAUAGCCCGGGAUCCAGUAUCAUGCAGUCACGGCGACAUUUUCUGCCGAGAGUGCGCCGUGGCCAACCUGCUCGCCCAGAAGAAGGAGAUCAAACGCGAAGAAAAAGCUCGGGAGAAGGCUGAGCAGGUAAUCUUGGAAGCGCAGGCACAACAGGAUGCCGAAGCCCAGGAACGCGCAGUUAAGGACUUUGAAAACAUUCAAGCGGGGCUGAAACCAUCGCCUGCGGCAUCGACAUCUUUGUCAUACAUUCUACCGACCAAAGAAACGGCCGACCAAGAAGACGACGCCAACCUCGCCAGAGACAAACAGGUCACCAAGAGGAAGUUCAUGCUAGAUCAGGAUGAGCUGGACAGAAUCGCCAAGGAGGAUCGUACUAAGGCUAAAAAGUUGAUUAAAGACGAGAAAGCAUCCAAGGACAGACAACCGUUCUUCUGGACGCCAUCGCAAACUCCGGAUGCCAACGCAGCUCGUUUGGCGGAGGGUUUAAAGGCCGCUCCCAAGAAGGUAAAGCUUGCGCCUUUAUGCCCGGCUUCGGCAGACGAUUCUCGACACUCCUUCUCACUCAAGAGCCUCAUCCCACUCAAAUUCAAAGAAGAGCUAGACGCCAAGACAAAUUCUAGCCGGCGCAUAUGCCCGUCAUGCGUCAAGACACUUGGCAAUGCCUCGCGACCUCUCAUGGCCGAAAAUUGUGGCCACGUAAUUUGCCGAAACUGCGCUGUGAAGUUCAUGGCACCUGUGAAGGGCGACGACUGCACUACACCACAAGAGAAUGCUUGCUACGUUUGCGACUCUGGGCUCCCCGCGACCCGCCCAGACAGUAAGCAGAAGGAGCGAAAACAGGAAUUUGCCGGGCUGGUAGAGCUCAGAUCCGAGGGCACUGGGUUCUCCGCCCGGGGAGCAAGCAAAGUUGAGAGGCGCGGCGUUGCGUUUCAAUGCUAA